AUGACAUUUUCGGCAUUGGCCAGAAAAGAAGGCACCACGAAGCGCUCCAAAUAUGUCAAAGAUACUUGUGUUCGUCUGUCGCGAUUCCUGGAUGUGAAAAUCAGGGAAGCUCUUCAUGUGAUGAAAAGUGAGGUAACCUCUUGCCUCACUGGCACAAACUGGAAGGUUGUUGAGACUCAAGUCCGAGAAUGCCUGGAAAAGAAUGCUACUGCGAUGGAAAAUGAGAUGCUGCAACAACAAGAAUACAGCCAGGAUGAGACGUCUGAUGAUGAGCAAACUCGAAAAACGGAGGUUAGCACCGACGUCAUUGACGCUAGAGUCGGCUUGUAUGGAAUCCUUUUAGCAAGAGUGAGCAUGCUACUUCUUGUUUAA